CUUGCGUCACUUCCACCCAGCUCCGAACGUCAUCUCGUGUAAUUUAGGAGUCCGUUACUUCAAAAUGUCUCGAGGAAGAAUCCUCCAGUUUGGGCUUUAAAGCCACUUUACAUCGCUAAAUGCCACAAAUAGCACAGUAAUUCAUUGAAAUCAUGCCCUGGCCUCCUUUAUUCCACUGAGGUUUUUCUCCUGGUGACCGCAGGCAGAGCUCUUUUCCGGCUGUUAUGUAAAACAUCUUAACACUGCCAAUGUGGAACAGAGGCGAUCUUGACGAUGGAUACGACUCUUACAAAACAGGUUCAAGUAGCGGUGGCUCUCCUGGGUGUGUCCCUAGUAAUGAAUCAACCUGGCUCAGCAAACAGCCCGGAGCUGGCAACAGCAUUUCUGGACGUAGACACAGUGCUGUGUCGGACAGUGGUGACACUGGCAUUGGUACCUACUGUUCUGAUAGUGUGGAAGAUGACUCCUGUUCCAGCACCACACCUUCAUCUUUCCUGCCGCUUUCCCGACGUCACUCCAGUCAGGAAGAUGGGCUUGGCAGUAACGUCCCUGUCAUCCAUGUCAAGCCAUCGCCAUCCACAUCGCUGUAUGCCAGCCCAAGAAUGACUGCCUCACCAGUCAGCACAGGCAAUGGGAGCAGGUCUUCCAAGUUGAACCCGCCAGCCAUGUCCCCCCUCAGUGCACCAGCUAGUGUUGAUUUGAAGGACUAUCAGCCCAUCAGAAGGUGGUCCUCUCUCACAAAGUUGUCAUCUGGCGUCGAGAAGAACUCCAGUAAAACACCAGUGCACCAUCACAGCACAGAUUCACAUGGCUCCCUUGAUAGGGGUCUGAUCUAUGGCUACAGAAAAGAACCCCGUGUUUUAAAUAGAGACCUUUAUUUACCUGUAUCUUCCUCAUUGCUCAGUCAUAGCUUAUUACAACGUUCUCCUGGUUCUGGUCCCUGCUACUGGAGCAAACUUAGUUGUAGGUCCAGUUUGGAAACAGACCGGUCACUGUCUUCAACUCUUUCCUCGCCCAUUAAACACAGCAGUUUGGACAUGAACUAUAAUAGUUUAGCAGAGGCUAAACUGGCUCUGGGAGGUGGUCAGGUUUAUGGCCUGAGUUUAUCCAAGCUAGCUGACUCACCACUCAGUCACCCGGUUGACAGGGAAUCUCCGAUUCAACCGGCCGUCCGCACACAAAUGUGGCUAACAGAGCAGAUGGAAUACAGUUCUAAAGCAGAGCACGGAGAACUUGGCCAGGAACUUGGUACUGAAAGAAAGGUCUGUGGUGGAGAUGGACCAUCCUUUGAACAAGGCAUCAACCAGACGCUGCAUGGGACGUCCCAGUUCGUCAACACUCUGGUGAAGGUUAAAGAGGGGAUGCUGAGACAAAGAGAGUUGGAGAUAGAUAGACAGAAGCAACAGAUCCUGCAGCUCCAUGCUCGCAUUAGGGAAAAUGAGUUGAGAGCCCAGCAGGUCCUACACAGUCAAAGAUGGUUUGAAGAUCCUCAAAUCCAGAAGAUGAAGGAAUCCGUGAAGGAAGUGCCACCUGACCCGCUGUGUUGUGACGAAGAGCUGAGUAGAAAGCUGGCAUUGUCCGAACUGGAAGUACUUCAUCUGAACGAACUGUACAAGCAAGCCACUCAAAAAUAUACUGAUGAUCUCAGGAAACUGGAGGAAAAGAUAAAGACAAGGGAUCGCUACAUCAGCAGUUUGAAAAAGAAGUUUCACCGGGAGAGUGAACAGAACCAUGAAAAACAACAACGCAUUGAAACUCUGGAGAAGUACCUUGCUGACAUGCCAACUGUGGACGAAGUGCAAGUUCAGACACUUCAGCUAGAGGAGGUGCAGUUGAGAGCUCAGGAUCUGGAAAAAAUGGUAGCUCACUUACAAGGAAAGCUGGAGGACAGCUGUACUCUUUUGAAAGAGAAAGAUCUCAAGAUUGAGACACAAGCCAGGAGAGAGAAGGAGCUGAUUGCAUCUGUGCACAGGUUGCAACAGAAGGUGCAGAAGUGUUUGGAUGAUGGAUUGAGGCUGGACCUGAAGCAUCUUGAGGUGGAAAAUUCUCAACUCCAGGAGAAACAAGACCAGAGCAGCAAGCUCAUUGAGCGUCAGAAAGUACAGAUUGAGAGACUUAACUCGCAACUCAGGGUGACCAAUAAAAAAUUACAGAAAGAAAGAAGCCUUUCACAACAGUGUGACAACAUAGAAGGUCCAUCCAUUCAAUCUACAACCUUAUCAAAGCAGGCGCAGGUUGAUAACUGGCUGCAGGAGCAUGCACUGUCUGAUGUGGAGAUGCCACAAGUUGGACGACUUUUGAGGGAACUGUCCGUGUGUCUACUGGACCUUAAGGCUCUCCGCAGCAUUCUGGCUCAGAGGGCGCAAGGAAAGGAGCUCAACUUGUCUCUCCUUCUGGGCAUGACAUCAUUGAACGUGUCAGCAGAGGAGAGCGAGUGCAAGGACGUAGAGGAAGAUGUCGUCCCUGUGAAUCUGCUCGAGGUCAGCCAGCUGAGGAGAGGCAUCGACGAGCUGAGGAAAAACAUCGCCGACUGCUACACCCACUGUGCGGUCGACAGCUGAGUUGCUUUUUUUCCAGAUUGCGGGCUUGAAGUUGACCCAGGAAUUUUCAUGCUUUCGCCUCAAACAUCAAUGACUAACUUCAGCACAGAAAAGGGUUGGUGCUGUGGUGGUUCACAACUGCUAUGCAAAAUGACUUAAGGGUAUUGCACCCUUAGAGCUGUGAAAUUAUGAUGGGAACAUUCACCAUAAGUAUGAGUGGUUUGUGUUUUUACACAAAAUAAUCAUAACAAGCUAAAAACGAAGGCUUUAUCCUUUUAAUAUUCUUACAAUUUACAAAUAUGUUUAACAUUUGUUGUUAUAAUCAGUGUGCAAUCCUCUCUGUUUAUUUUUAAAGAAGCAGUACGCAAUAUUUGUGUUUUUCUUGAAAUGUGUUUUGUCAGAAUUACGGCAGCUGGACAGAAAAAGUAUUGUGACAACUGGUAAUGGUCAUGUCAGUGUCAUCCUUAUUUUAUGGUCGCAUUGAAUAUACUAAUAAAUAUUUUUGUAUAGUUUUGUAUAUUUAGGAAAUACUGUAUACAACAUUUUACCAACAUGCAUGGCUCACCGUACGUUAUCUUUUCCAUAUUUCAUUCCGCCCGUCCAGAAUCGUGAACUUAAUGUUUAUUGGGCAUCAUUAACAGUUAAUGAAAUCAAGAACCAGAGGAUUCCAAUGUUAAGAUGCUUAUAGAACCUCAAAGCAAUGAUUUGUGUCUGUAAAGAUCGUUUUGGAGCCAUGUUAUUAAUCCUUUUUUGAUGCUGCCGAAAGGAAACAAAAGGAACAAAGAAUUAUUUGUGUUAUGCUUAACAAAGCCAGUUAAAUUGUAUCAAGAUAAAAUGUAAAAUGUUUUGAUAAAUUUAUAACUUUCUAUAUUAUUGUAUUAUGCAUGUUGUUUUAAUAAGGGGUUAAAAAGGAGACCUACUGUUACUGAUUAACUGUAAAUGGCAAAUGUAUGUUUACAUAGGCCUAUCCAUUUAAAAGCAGAAAUAUUUUACAAUUUUGUUCCGCUCCUGUUAAUGACAAAUAAAGCUAUUUUUUCUAAAGGCC